AUGGGGUCUUGGAUAUCCAACAGACGGUCUGACGUGGGGGAGCCUCGACCGACCGUCCGUCCUGCUUUGUCCCAUCGAUUAAAUUCGCCAGAGGACAGCUCUCGACUCGACGCUGGUUGUCUGCAUCGCCUCCCUCACUUCUACCUCCCAUCUUCCUUCUUGUUUGUUCGUGUUGUCGCGCACCUCGGCGGCAUCCUGAUCGAGAACGCCAAAGUCGCAAACGCGCCAGACGUCACAGCUUACUCUCUGGACACGACACCCAAGGAUCUCAUCGACUACUCCGACGAGGAGCUGGCACCCAACGAUGCCGCCCCCGCCAACGGCAAGAAGGCUGAUGCCGCCGCUGCCGGCAACAACGUCGACAAGAAGGGCUCCUACGUCGGCAUCCACUCCACUGGUUUCCGUGAUUUCCUCCUGAAGCCCGAGAUCCUGCGCGCUAUCACCGACUGCGGUUUCGAGCAUCCUUCGGAGGUCCACAUGUCCAUCCCUCCCUCCUUCUUCAAGCGUCCGUCCAUCUCGCAAGCAAAGCAAACCACAUCGCAUCGCAAGCCAGAAAAAAAAAGAGCCAUUUCAGAGUCGAUGGGAGAAGGAAGCGCGCGCAACGCGACCCAGGCUUGGGGACCCGACCGGCCUACCGGUCGCUACGGAAAACGUGCCACUCUGACGGCACUGUUUCGUGCCAUUGCACAAGACAAUCAAGUAUCGUCAGCUUUGCGGGACCGCGAUAUACGCGACUCCUCGUCUGAUCUGGCAUCGGCGGCGGUGAUUUACUCACUUGCCCCGUCAUGGCUUCAACAGACUUGUAUCCCUCAGGCUUUGCUCGGAGGUGACAUCAUCUGUCAGGCCAAGUCUGGUCUCGGAAAGACGGCCGUCUUCGUCCUGACCACCUUGCAGCAAGUCGAGCCCGUCGCUGGCGAGUGCUCUGUCUUGGUUAUGUGCCACACUCGUGAGUUGGCUUUCCAGAUUCGCAACGAGUACAACCGCUUCAGCAAGUACAUGCCCGACAUCAAGACUGGUGUCUUCUACGGUGGUACUCCCAUCGCCAAGGAUGCCGAGAUCCUCAAGAACAAGGACACCCACCCUCACAUCAUUGUCGGGACCCCAGGUCGUCUGCAAGCCCUUAUCAGGGACAAGUAUCUGCGCCUCGGCAGCGUCCGCAUCUUCGUCCUCGACGAGUGUGACAAGAUGUUGGACCAGAUUGACAUGCGCCGUGACGUUCAGGAGAUCUUCCGCGCCACCCCGCAGCAGAAGCAGGUUAUGAUGUUCAGCGCCACUCUCUCGGAUGAGGUCAAGCCUAUCUGCAAGAAGUUCAUGCAGAACCCCACUGAGCACUACGUCGAUGAAGACACCAAGUUGACCCUCCACGGUCUGCAGCAGUACUACAUCAAGCUCAGUGAGGCUGAGAAGAACCGCAAGCUCAACGAGCUUCUCGAUGAGCUUCAGUUCAACCAGGUCAUCAUCUUCGUCAAGAGCACACUGCGUGCCACCGAGCUUGACAAGCUUCUGCGCGAGUGUAACUUCCCCUCCAUCGCCGUCCACUCUGGCGUGAGCCAGGAGGAGCGUAUCAAGCGCUACAAGGAGUUCAAGGAGUUCAACAAGCGUAUCUGCGUUGCAACUGAUGUGUUCGGCCGUGGUAUUGAUAUUGAGCGUAUCAACCUGGCCAUCAACUACGAUCUGUCUGCCGAUGCCGAUUCCUACCUUCACCGUGUUGGUCGUGCCGGUCGUUUCGGAACCAAGGGUCUGGCCAUCUCUUUCGUCAGCAGCGACCAGGACCAGGACGUGCUCAAGGCGAUUGAGAAGCGUUUCGAAGUCGCUCUUCCUGAGUUCCCUAAGGAAGGUAUCGAUGCCAGCACCUAUAUGGCUUCGUAA